UUCCUCCGAACUACUCGCUCCUUUCGGUCUAAACCUCAUUAGUCAUUACCUCUCUGUCUCUCACAUUAAACAGAUCCUCACAACCCUUAAAAAAAAAAACCAGUUCUUCUUCUUUUUUCUUUUUUUCAUUUUUUGUUAAUUAUUUUUUUUUUCGCUCUAAAAGAAUUCCAUUUCUUAAUGAACAAACCCUCCAGCACCAUCUCUUCUUCUUCUCCUCCUCCUUCUUCUUCUUCUUCUUCUUCUUCUCUGUUGGGAUCGUUUAGCAUCUAAGUUUUCACAGUGAAUUUGAAUGAUGGAUGUUGCUGAGCUUGAAGAAAAUCUUUUUGCAGCAAGUGAUGCCAAGUUACAUGGAGAAAUGUGCAGGACUCUUUCUGCAAUAUAUUGUAAAAUAUUGACAAUAUUUCCUUCUCUAGAAGCAGCUAAGCCUAGGAGCAAAUCUGGAAUACAGGCAUUAUGUUCACUGCAUGUAGCUUUAGAGAAGUCGAAGAAUGUUCUUCAGCACUGCUCAGAGUGUAGUAAACUUUACCUGGCAAUAACUGGCGACGCCGUACUUCAAAAAUUUGAAAAGGCUAAGUCUGCACUUGUUGACAGUCUUAAACUGGUGGAAGAUAUUGUUCCUCAAUCUAUUGGGUGUCAGGUUGAGAAAAUUGUGGAUGAACUUGCAAGUACGGUUUUUGCAAUUGACCCCUCAGAAAAACAAGUUGGCGACGAUUUAAUUGCAUUGCUUCAGCAGGGAAAGAAGCUUGACAACUCUAAUGACAGUAGUGAACUUGAAUGUUUUCAUCAGGCUGCUACUAGACUUGGAAUUACAUCUUCAAGAGCAGCUCUUACUGAACGAAGAGCUCUCAAAAAACUCAUCGAAAGGGCUCGGGCUGAGGAAGACAAGCGGAAGGAAUCAAUUAUUGCAUAUCUUUUACACCUCAUGAGGAAAUAUUCUAAGUUGUUUAGAAGUGAGUUCUCAGAUGAUAAUGAUUCUCAGGGCUCCCAACCCUGUUCACCUACUGUUAAUGGAUAUGUUGAGGAUGGUGUUCAGACUCAAGCGUUUGAUAGAGUGUUUUCAAAACUUAGUUCCAUUAACUUAAAGCCGAAUAAUAGAAAAUCAGGCCCGAUGCCCCUUCCCCCUGAAGAGUUGAGGUGUCCGAUAUCUCUGCAACUCAUGAGUGAUCCUGUUAUAAUUGCUUCGGGUCAAACAUACGAAAGGGCUUGUAUAGAAAAAUGGUUCAGUGAUGGGCAUAACACCUGCCCAAAGACUCAACAGAAACUUCCACAUCUUUUAUUGACUCCUAAUUACAAUGUCAAGAAUCUUGUGGCUAGUUGGUGCGCACAGAAUGGAAUUCCUAUUCCUGAAGGCCCUCCCGAAUCUCUUGAUUUUAACUAUUGGAGAUUGGCUUUAUCAGAUACCGAUUCCACAAAUUCAAAAUCUGUUAACAGUGUAAAUUCUUGCAAGUUGAAAGGUGUGAAAGUGGUUCCAGUAGAAGAGAGCAGCAUGUCAGAGCAAACUGGCGUAGCUGGAGCUGAAAGUGUGUCUACACAAGAGGACGAUAAUGAACAGUAUCUUAGUUUUCUGAAAGUCUUAACAGAAGGGAACGAUUUACAGGGGAAGUGUAAGGUUGUACAAAGGUUAAGGAUGUUGCUAAGGGAUGAUGAGGACGCCAGGACAUUUAUGGGUGCUAAUGGAUUUGUUGAAGCACUUAUGCAGUUUCUCCAAUCAGCUUUGCAUGAAGGAAAUGCAAUGGAUCAAGAAAAUGGAGCUAUGGCCCUGUUCAACCUUGCUGUGAACAAUGACAGAAACAAGGAAAUGAUGAUAUCAGCCGGAGUCUUAUCCUUGUUGGACGAAAUGAUCUAUAAACCUACUUGCUAUGGCUGUGCAACUGCCCUCUAUCUAAAUCUCUCUUGCCUUGAAGAAGUCAAGCCUAUGAUUGGUUCGGGUCAGGCUGUCCCAUUCCUAGUCAAGAUUCUUAAAUCCAGCUCUGAUGUUCAAUGCAAGCUAGAUUCGCUCCACACACUCUAUAAUCUUUCUACCGUACCCACCAACAUUCCAUACCUCCUUUCAUCUGGAAUCAUUGUUGGCUUGCAAUCCCAGCUUGUAGGCCAGGGUGAUAGUGUGUGGACCGAAAAAUGCAUAGCUGUAUUGAUAAAUUUGGCGGUUUCUCAACUGGGUAGAGAGGAAAUGGUGUCAUCUCCAGCAAUCAUAAGCACAUUGGCAUCGAUACUCGACACUGGUGAGCUCCUAGAGCAAGAGCAAGCCGUCGCAUGUCUCCUAAUUUUGUGUAACCGGAGCAAGAAAUGUUGCGAGAUGGUCCUUCAAGAAGGGGUCAUCCCUGCCUUGGUCUCAAUAUCGGUGAAUGGGACGUCAAGAGGCAGAGAAAAAUCACGGCAAGAAGAGCAUUCCCCGACCAAGCCACAAGGCCGACCAGAAACCAGCAAUUCAUCUAUGCCUAAGCCUGAGAUGAAACCACUAUGCAAAUCUACAUCUAGGAGAAAGGUGGGGAAGGCUUUAAGCUUUCUGUGGAAAAGCAAGAGCUAUUCUGUUUACCAGUGUUAGGUCUCAAUGCAAAUCUUUCGAUGCUUAGCUUCUACUAGCCCUGGUUUUUAUCCUAAGCUCAAGUCCUGUUCCAUUGGGUGCUCCGGCUGGUUUUUCCAACGCGUAGAGAUGUACAUGCAUGUGUAAUUUUGUGGAUUCUGUUAAUUCUUCAGUUUCUUUCCUCAUUGUAAUAUCAGUCAAUUCUUAGUAUUAGAUAUUUAUUUAAUUUUUGGUAAUAUAUAAUAGGUGUUCCACGUUUUAAAUUUACUUUUGAAAGGUCCAGUUAGAAACACACAGAAAUGUUUCUCUAUCUUAUUUAAUAGUUGGAUAUUAUUAGCCUUUUCAAACCACAGCUGCCAGCGUUUAGAUUGCCGUUGUCAGCUACUGGACCGUUGCUGGAAAGU